AAGAUGAAAACGUUGUACCAGAAGCAGAGGCCGCUACUACCACAACCGUAACCACACCUACUACACCCACGCCUGCUGCCACUCCACAACCAACAACUAAUUGCACCAAUGUUAGCAACGCUAAUGGCUCAGCAACCAACGUUGCCAACAGCAACUUAGCAAGUUCUGUAAAUGGCAAGAAGGAAGGGGGGAGGCAACAGUAAAUCAAAGUCCAAAUCAAAAUCAGGUGCAGCAGGCAGUACAGCCGCCACAACUCCAUCGUCAGCACCCCCGUCGACCCCUUCGCCGCGCUGUCAAACACCGGUAACCAACAACCCCAGUCCUGCAGGAAGCGCUUUUACUACGCCGCCAGUCAACAACGCUAACAAUACUCACAUGAACACCGCUGUGAACAAUGCGGCCGGAGGUAAUCCACCCAAUCAACUCAUGUCGUCCAAUUCCAGUCUAAUGAAUAUGGCGACUAUGAUUGAUACCUUCACAGAUGCGCAGUUGCAAUCCAAUCAGAUCUCAAGCACGGUACUCGAUUCGCCUUAUUCGUACGACUACCAGACUGGUUCCUACAUAGAUUCACGAAACUACUACGGAAACUGGCCCCCGCCGCAUGCAACUCAUGCCACUCACGCCGUCAGUAUGGGUACGCCAUCAGGCCCGGCGACUACACCAAUGGCGCCACCGCAAGACAACGUGCACCAUACUACCACCGCUCCACUUACACCUCACCACGAUACGAGCGCUACUUACGCCAACAACUACAAUAAUCUGCCUACCGCUGGCAGUCAACAAUUGACGCAAGUCCAUGAUGUGCGCGGGGAAGUAAAAAGCCGCGGCAGUGAGGAGAACCCCGACUCCACAACUAUAGUAAAUAAUACUUUAGCUGAAAAAGGCUUCGUCAAACCGAAACCACCGGCAGACUAUCAGUACACUCAGUACCCGAGCAACUACCAAAUGUAUCCGACACCACAUUCGGCCUACUCGGCGUACGAUGCCUAUCAGAACAUGAACUACAACUAUGGGUAUCAUCAAGCGUACUCACCUUACAGCAUGUAUCCACAGCAAACACCGCCACCCACGCCACCUACACCAUCACCAAAUUGGAACAUGUACGGCCAUCAUCAAAGCACCGCAUCUUCGGCUGCUUAUGCCCCGACAGUACUGCCGCCAAACAGUGGUGCCCAUCAACAUUCAUCGCUCGCCACCGCCGCACCACAAAUGCAAACACAAAUGCCGUUGCCCAACGGUAAUCUGAAGCCCGCACUUCCCAUGCUGGUUGUACCACCCACACCAACAACCGACAGCCUACAGAUGCAAGCGCAAGCACAGACUCAACUGCAGGCACAAACGCAGAUACCAGUGGUACCACACCAGACUGUCCUCCCGGAUCUCAGCAUUACCAACACUCCCAACAAUCAAUCCACGCCCACUAACACAGAGCUCACAAACUCAAACCCAACGACUGCUGUCAACGUAACUUCGCCAAAUUCAGCAACCCCAAUAUCGGCCAUUAACAACGAUAGCAGCAACAACAGCACCAGCAAUAGCAACGACAACAGCAGUCCGACGGCAACGACCGCUUCCACUGCCGAAAACGGAACAACCGCGGGAGUAACAACGAACACAAGCACAUCAACAACAGGAACUACGCCGACCGCUGUAGCGACCACUUCCAACCCAAACAAGCUGGAACCGAUUGGGGAGGUAACAGAAAUCAACGACAACUAUGAAGCGUUCGCUGAUCCCCAAAUGGGCGGUGUGGCCAUAGCGCUCAAUCAUGGUAGCGUAUUGAUCGAGUGCGCAAAGCACGAACUUCAUGCGACCACUGCGCUGCGAAAUCCCAACCGGCAUGAGCCAACGCGAAUGACCCUUAUAUUCUAUCAGCAUCGCAAUCUAAAUCGCGCACGGCAUGGUAUCGACGAGUGGGAGGAGAAGAUGCGUGUGAAGAAGAUCAACACUGACCUCGAUAACAAAGCCAAAGAAGAACGCGAAAAGUUGAAGAAGGAGCGUGAAGGUGGUGAAGAGGAUGACGAGGAAGCAGAAAAUGCGCUCUCCAAUGGCGCUGCGCAAGGUUCAAGCAACAGCGGUAAGAAGGAUGGCGCCAACGCAAACAAUGCUAAUAGUAACGGCUCUACAGCACCUCCUGAGACGACAGCGACCACAUCGGUGACAACAGCAACUACGAAGAGCGGCGGCACAGGUGGUGGUUCGGCUAGCAAAAAGAAAAAGGAAUCGGGUAAGAAGAAUGCAAACUCAAAUGCAAAUGUGAACGAAAUUGCUAAUGAGAAUUCUGCUUCUUCCGUUGAGCAGGCAAAAAGCGAGAAACGAGUUGCACUCCACGCGCCAACACUAACAACAACCUCUUGGACGACCCUCUUCCCUAUGCAUCCGUGUGUGGUUACGGGACCCUACCAGGAGGGCAACACUAGUCCGUCAGCAGCUGCAGAAGUAGAGCAGCAGGUAGCACAACAACAACAACAGCAAAUGCAGCAGCAGCAACAGCCGCUUAAGCAGCAAAUGCCAGCUUAAGGGCAUAGCUGGUGCAGUUCUGGUGAUGGAAAGUGCAAGGUCGGGCAUGUUUCUCAGCAGAAGAGAGCCACGCGUUAGGUCAGUUGGAAAUGCUUUAUUGUGUAUGUAUGUAUGUACACAUUUAUGUAUGUAUAUGGUUAGGUACUAUGCUAAACAAGCUGACGCUUCUUUUAUGCCAUUCAGGCAUGCCCAGUACUCAACUAUAUCUUAAACUGGCGUUGUACAUAUUUUUUACUCGUAGAGUGCCAUAUUUUUUAACUUACUGAAAAGACGGAUGUAAACAUUUCAGCCGAGAUUUUCAUAUAACACCAGGAUCAAAGCGCUGGUGCGCUAAAGCCAUUUUGAGAUUGAUAAUUUCACACAAAUACAUUCAUAUAUGCACAUAUAUUAUGCAUUUUUUAUUUGAUGGUAUAAAAUACCAAUGCAAAAGCGAUCAGGAUGAAAUAUUUACUACACAAAUAGGUAUGUCAUUUGUAAUUUUCGAAAGUAGUAAUUUU